AUGAGCAUCAGCACUUUCAACUUCCAGUUCUACAACUACAAAAUGCCAGCGGCCAUGGGCAGCAGCACUUCGCGCUCCUCGUCGUCCUUCAUCAGCGAGCUGGAAAUGGACAUUGAUGAGGAAAUUUCCUCGCCAGCCGUCACCUCGACGCCCAAGCCGCGCUUCACCACGGAACUGGCCCUCCAGCUGCAGCGCGAUUCAUCCUCGCCAGCUGCCGCUGCAGGCCCGGCAAAGACCACACUGCCCUGCCUGAGGCCUCAGCUUCACACGGCCCAGAAGCGUUGGUCCAUGGAGUUGCGCGAGAAGGUCCUGGAAAUGUCCAAGCGCAACAACGGUUCCGAUGGGGAGGAGCCACCACAGACCACAGAGCAGAAACAGCUGCAGCUGCAGGAAAAGGCAGAGCAGCCCAUCGUGAACGUGGACCCCAAUGUGGCCCCGACUGUCACUGACAAAAUUAACUUCUUCAACAAGCUGACCAACACCUUCGAGUCCGCACGGAGCUGCGCCACCACUGGCACCGCCAACAGCAACAGCAGCAAGUGCAGCAGCAACAACAACAACAAUCGCUUCAUUUCGCUGCUGCGCUCCAGUCGGCCACAGGGCAUUGCCACCACAAGCUCCUCCAACAACAGCAGCAUCAGUGGCAUCUCCGUCCUCAGCCAAGUGCCGCCCCCGAAGCCCAAGCGUUUGAUGGCCACCGCAUCGCCCUGCUCUACAUUUGCCAUGCCCUCGUCCAUGGGAAUGGGCGGCAGCCAGCGCAAGUGCUCGCUGCGGCGCAAGCCCUCAAUGGACAAGUCGAGGGCCACGAUUUCGCGCCAGAACUCGAGCGCCUCGGUGCGGCCCCAGCAUCAUGCCAUCAUGGAGGAUCUCAGCCUGGUAGUGCCCGUCCGGUUGCGCAUCGCCGAGUACGAGCAACGCAUCUCAAUGAGUGCAUAA